CGGGCGGCUCCUCCAAUAAGAGCUGACCCCGACUGAGCUCGCUGAUACGGUGACUUUCCGACUGAGAUGAAUAUCAGUAGUUUACAGUCUCUGGAAUUUGGUUGAAUUUCCUGCAGUCUCCAGUCGCAUUUCGGAUUUUUUUACAUUCUCCUGUACUGUCAGCGCGGAAAGAUGGUGAUGAUUUCAGGGUUCAUAUUUCUGUGCAUGCUCCAAGCUGCGGUCCCUCAACUGACCCCUCGUGGACCCAGGCCGAUACCUGGGCGAGGAGACAGUCCGGGACCGACUCCACCUCCAAUACCUGAGCCCACACCGCGGCCUCAAGGUUGUGAGAGCAGGAUAAUUGAAUGUCCCAUCAAACUGUUUUUCACCAUCGACACCUCAGAGACCAUUGCCUUGCAGGAGUCCCCACCUGGGAUUCUGGUGGAAAACGUGAAGGAGUUCACCAAGAUCUUUGUCCAGAGGCUGGCUGAUGAAGAAUAUAAGGGCCAGAUCCACAUCAGCUGGUCCAUAGGCGGCCUGAACUUCUCCCAAACACAGUGGGUGUUCAGCCAGUUCACAACCAAGGAAAACUUCAUCAGGAACCUUGCUGGAAUUAGGUACAAAGGCAAAGGCACCUUCACAGACUGCGCCCUCAAAAACAUGACCUACCAAAUGACCCAUCACUUCUCAGGGACGAAGGCCGUCCUCUUUGCUGUGGUCAUCACUGAUGGGCAUGUGACAGGAAGUCCAUGCGGAGGGAUAAAAGCGAUGGCUGAGAGGGCGAGGGAGCAAGAGAUCAAUAUUUUCUCAGUGGCAGCUUCCAGGAGCAUCGAUGAAAUAGGGAUGAGGGAGAUAGCCAGCUCUCCCGCUGAACUGUACCGUGAUGACUACAUAGCUGUGGACAUUGUUGAUGGGCGACCAAGAAUAAAAACCGAUUCCAUUGAUCGAAUCAUAAAAGCCAUGAAAUAUCAAGCCUAUUUACAGUGUUAUGAACAUAAAUGCUUUGAGACUCCUGGGAUCCCUGGACCAAAAGGUCUUCGAGGUCCAAAAGGUAUAAAAGGAGACAGGGGUCAAACUGGGUCAAAAGGUGAAAGGGGUAAACCGGGUGAUCCUGGCAUUGAAGGUCCAAUCGGACGACCCGGUCCAAAGGGAGAGGUCGGUCCGACAGGUGACAAGGGUGAAAUGGGAGCAACUGGAGCAAAGGGUGUGGCAGGAGUAUCUGGCAGGAAUGGAACUGACGGUCAAAAGGGUAAAAUGGGCCGAAUAGGAGCUCCUGGUUGCAAAGGUGAUCCAGGUGACAAGGGACCAGAUGGCUACCGCGGAGAUGUUGGUGACACUGGACCACCCGGAGACAAAGGAGCAAAGGGUGACUCGGGACUCCCUGGAAGGUCAGGUCCCUCUGGUCCUAUAGGUGAUGGAGGACCAAAGGGUGAAAGAGGAUAUCCUGGAAAUCCAGGACUACCAGGAGAAAAUGGACUUACGGGGCCUCCUGGCUUACCUGGACCAAAAGGCGAAAGGGGAAGGAGAGGAGACACUGGAACAAAGGGAACGCAAGGUCCCGAUGGAUCAAAAGGAGAGAGGGGAGAACGAGGGCUAUCGGGAGAGAGAGGUCGGCCUGGGGAAGACGGACUCAAGGGCGCAAAGGGGGACCAAGGACUACCCGGGCCGAGGGGUCAGCCAGGGGAACCAGGAGGCCCCGGAGGAAAUGGCACCACAGGAGAUCCUGGAGAUCCUGGGCCAAGGGGAGACUCUGGGCUGCCUGGACCAAAGGGUGACACUGGAAGACCAGGAUUCAGUUAUCCAGGACCGAGAGGACCCACUGGAGAGAGAGGUGAUCCAGGUAGGAGAGGACCCAGGGGGGGCAGAGGUGAAUGUGGUGCCAAAGGAGAACCUGGAGAUAAAGGACCCCCAGGAGCGCCAGGGGAACCAGGUCAGCCAGGAGAGCCGGGAGAGAGAGGAUCCAGAGGAGACCCUGGACCUGAUGGGGACCCAGGACCAGUGGGCGAUCCUGGGCUCACUGACUGUGAUGUCAUGACUUACGUCAGGGAAACGUGUGGUUGUUGUGACUGUGAGAAACGCUGUGGAGCCUUGGACAUUGUAUUUGUAAUUGAUAGCUCAGAAAGCGUUGGCCUGACAAACUUCACCAUGGAAAAGAACUUUGUUAUCAACACCAUCAACAGGCUGGGAUCGAUGGCCAAUGACCCUGCUUCACCAACCGGAACCAGAGUUGGAGUUGUGCAGUUCAGUCACAACGGGACCUUUGAGGCCAUUCGUCUCGAUGACCCGAACAUAAACUCCAUGUCUGCCUUUAAAACGGCGGUGAAGAGACUGCAGUGGAUCGCUGGGGGCACCUUCACACCAUCUGCCCUCAAGUUCGCCUAUGAUAACCUCAUCAGGGACAGCAAGAGAGCCCAAGCAAAAGUAUCUGUGGUGGUGAUUACGGACGGCCGCUUUGACCCACGUGACGAUGAGGAUCUCCUCAACUACCUUUGCGACAACGACAAUGUGGUGGUCAACGCUAUUGGGGUUGGUGAUAUUUUUAAUAAGGAACAGGAUGAUGAGAUCCUGGGGUCGAUAGCGUGUGGAAAGAAGGAACGUGUCACUCAGAUGAAGCGUUACGUCGACUUGGUGGCCGAAGACUUCAUAGAGACGAUGGAGACUGUGCUCUGUCCCGAACCUCUGAUUGUGUGCCCUGACCUCCCUUGUAAAAGUGAGCCUGAUGUUGCUCCAUGUGUCCAGCGGCCAGUGGAUUUGGUAUUUCUGCUAGAUGGCUCAGAGCGCCUUGGACCAAACAACUUCCGGCAUGUCUGUGAAUUUGUGCAGAAGGUUGCAGACACGCUGGGGCUGGCCCGUAGCAGCACUGAUCGCAUGCGAGCCCGCUUGGCACUGAUGGAGUUCGGCAAAGAGGAUGAGAACGUUGUGGCCUUCCCUCUCACACACAACCCUGCUGCCAUUGCUGAUGGCAUCGCUCGCUUGUCUUACCUGGAUACGUCUUCAAGCGUGGGGACUGCCAUUAUCUACACCAUUGACAACAUCUUGGGAAAAGGAAAUGCUCGCCUGAUGAGACGAAAUGCAGAGGUUUCAUUUGUUUUCAUAACUGACGGCGUCACUGAUGGCAGAAACCUGGACGAGGCGGUCAGUGCCAUGCGCGGGGCACAGGUCGUCACCACAGUGAUAGCCACAGGAGGUGACGUUGACCAGGAAGUUCUAACAAAGCUGGCCAUGGGUGACCAGGAUGCCAUCUUUACAGGAAUAGACUUCUCUAGUCUGUCCGGGUCCAGUUUGUUUGACCGUUUCAUCCGGUGGGUUUGCUGAAGAGACGCCACAGGGACUUGAACAUCAUACUGGUGCUACUGCUGUUAAUCUAGCAUGUUAAACAUGAGAUACUGGUUUUUCUACUAUGCACUGUACGAAUUGCAAAUGACAUCACAGCAUUGUGCUUUACUACAUUUGUCAGGAGUGUAUAUCAUAUUUUGUCAUACAAAAACAUAGUUAAGUCGCUCAUUGUUCAUCCACCACUAAGCUUUACUAAUUUCAGAUAAUAAACCUACAGUUUGUUGGA